GGUAGUGUGGAAAGCAGGAGGUUGAGGGAUAAAAUGAACUUGAUGGUUACUGUAAACAACCAAUUCACUCAGUUUGAUUAAAAAGGUUGUCGGGGUUUAAGAAUGGUAAACAUAUAGCAAUGUUUCCUGAUGAUCAACACACCAUCAUUAGUCGAUCUAGACAUUCAUUCCAGUUUGAGUGCCCCUGUUUCUAUGUCCCUGAGCCCUGAGAUAAAGGUUAAAACCUCGCUGAUCAGGGUAAACACUGCCAAAGAUAUUGCUAAACCUGUAGACAAGGAGAACCAUGAAAAUCCUGGUGAACCUAGUGAACCUACUGAAACUGCGUACAAUAAACUAAUCAACAAGAUCGAUAACGACGAGGAUUGGUUCAGAGAAACAUUGACUGGGCGCAGAAUAGGGUUCUAUAGAUUUAAAGGAGAACUCGGGAUUGGAAACUUUUCCAGGGUUCGCCUAGCUAAACAUGAACUUACUCAAGAACGAGUGGCUAUCAAGGUUAUUGAUCGGUCCAACCUUGAUCAGAAAACAACAAAGAUGCUGCUCAGAGAAAUAUCCGUCAUGUCAAGCUGUAACCAUCCAUCAUUAGUCAAGUUGUUUGAAGUACUGGAGAAGAAGGAUAAGAUCUACCUGUGUAUGCAACUAGCUCCUGGAGGAGAACUAUUUACCAGGCUAACCCAUUAUGGUAAAUAUUCUGAAGAGAAGGCUAAACCAAUAUUUUCCCAAGUCUCCUCCGGAAUUUGCUACAUGCACGACCACGGGAUGAUUCAUAGAGAUGUUAAAGCAGAAAACGUUUUCUUUCUUACUCCAGCCAAGGUUGUUGUCGGUGAUUUUGGGUUUGCAGCUAAACUAGGAAAUAUGGAGCAGCAUCUUACUACAUUCUGCGGUUCUCCUCCAUAUGCAGCUCCAGAGCUUUUUCAGGAUGAUCACUAUAUUGGACCCCAUGUUGAUAUGUGGGCUCUUGGAAUCCUUUUAUAUUUCCUUGUCACAGGAAAUAUGCCUUUUAAAUCAGCAACUGUAUCAGGAUUGAAACAUGCUAUAUUGGAGGGUUCUUACUUCCAUCCACCGAAUCUAUCCGACUCUUGUAAAUCUUUGAUUGACAGUUUACUGCAGAGAAAUCCUAGUUCAAGGUGCAAAAUGCCUGAACUAGCAAGCAGUGCAUGGCUUCAGGAUACUCCGUGGAUAUCAGACGAUACUGUCUUUAUUCCAUAUCCAAGGAUCGGAGCAGAGAAUCAAUCUGACCUGGAGAAAAAUGUUUUGAAGGAGUUAAAUUCACUUGGAAUAACUCAGAAAGAAUUUAGCCUGGAGAUGGGACUAGGAAUACGCAGUCGAGCCAUAGGAUCGUACAGGAUGCUCAUGAACAAGUAUCUAAACGCCCCUCCACCAGAACUCAGACCCGUCCCUGCAGUAUCCAAGGACCCGGAGAGAAUACCGUCCUCCUCCGCCCAACCUAAAUCUAGCUCGGAGAGAACCCUUUCUAUAGCUACCUGGAGAAAUGUCAAACUUGAACCUAGCUCAACUAAACGUUCUCGCUUCUGUGAUAUUCUGUGAUAAUCCCUAACUCCAGUCCCCCUUUAAAUUAUAUGGAGGUAUUGCCCCAACCCCCUGAGAAAGGGCCGCGUAUUUAAACAUGCUUUUGAUCUCAAACGUAUUCAUUCUUGGCCCUAUGGUGCUAGUUUUAUGUAAAAUAAUGAAACCCAUUUUCCUUCUAUGGAACAAAUUACUUAACACAAAAUCUACUUUCUUUUAUCUUUGCAACCUGGUCAUGUAAUCCUUUGAAUUUUAUGAAGGUUGGGUUUAAAGUCUGAAAUAUCAAAGGUCUAUGACAUAAGGUAGCAAACAUAUAGGUUUAGCAAAAAUUAGUUCCUUUUGUACUUUAAAAAAUACUGUCUGACCUGACCUUUUUUUUUCGAUUUUUACAUCGUCUAAAAAUGGUCCAAACACGCUAAAACUUCGUUUUUAAACAUUUUAAAACAUUUUUAACAGUUCAGAAGUUGUUCUGGUUGAAUUCACAUUAUAUUAAAAAUGAAAGACUAGCUAAAUUGACAUUUAUU